CUUCGAGCAGAAGCAGGGGGAAAUAUUACCUCGGUUAUUACGUGUAAUCUGACAUUCUUAGACAUUUGAUUAAAACAAAAUGUCUUUGCGCUGGAACCCACCCUGUACUCGACUUGUGCUGGUGUUAACAAUGAUAGUUGCAACAGUUCUCACAGUUGUAUAUUUCAAAGGAUCGAAUUUUGUCGCUAAUAUUCCCAGGACAGAGUUGUCCUCUGUUAAUAACCUGCACAUAAAACUGGGUAACAUUCAAAACGCCAUCAGUGAGUUGUCUUGGGACAUCAAAGAGAGGGAGAAUGAGAUACAGCCCCAAGUUGAAGUGAGGACCAAACCGUCGCUUCAAGCACAACCCUUUAAGAAGAAGAUCCCAUGGCAGGGGAUUGCGUACAGAAGAACAAACGGAUCAUGGGUAGCAGAUGACAGUGUGUGUACAGAAGACGAAGUGUUUGAUCGGGCGACUCUCAAAACACCCGCUGGAAAUACGCCCAUCUUCAUCCACGAUGUCGUCGUAGAUCGCUCAGUCUCUAAACGCCUGAAGGCUGUUGGUAAUUGGGAGCCGGAAGUCAUGUACACUGCUUUUGAAGCACUGAAAGAAAAUAAAGAUCACGUGUUUGUCGACGUCGGAGGCAAUAUUGGAACAUUCAGUCUUGCUGCUGCUAAACUGGGGCACAGGGUCAUCUCUGUUGAGCCCUAUGCUAUGAACACUAAACGCCUGUGCCGAGGAGUGGUAAAAGGUGGGUUUGCUGGACAGAUGUUUGUCAUAUAUAAUGCAAUGUCAUACGUGCGGGAAACAAUUUCAUUUAAAGUCUUCCCAAAGGAGGCUGCAAUGACACGCAUUGUCAAAGCAACUAACACCAAACCAAGCAGCGAUGCGGUAACGACCAUUCAGAUGAACGAUCUGUUGGAGAUGUUUGACAUCAAGUCAGCUGUUUUGAAGAUGGACUGUGAGGACCAUGAAGUAGAUGUGAUGAAAGGUGCCGAGAUUUUCUUCAAGGUUGUCGAUGUGCGCAUGGUGAUUAUUGAAUGGGACAAACUUUACAAAAACCCAGAAACACCAUAUAUAAUAGAAAUGAUGGAACGAUUCAAAUUUAAACCAUAUACAAUUGGCAAGGACGCAAAGCCUUUGAAUAUCUCUGAAUACAAUCAAUGGAAUAUAAGGAACAUUGUGUUCAAAAGAUAAGAAUAACACAUGUGUUGUAUAUAUUCUGAUGCUGUUUUAUCAUAUAUCUGUGAAUCACUUAAAUUGUUCAUUUCAUUUUUGUCCUUGAUGCGUCAAUUUGGAAGUGUCCCGUACACGUCUACAAUAAAAA